AUGAUUAAUACAUCUACACAAUUUCCUUCGUUGCCAACGGUGAGUUACCUAUCGUUUUUUGUUAAUGAAAAACAAAUCGUUGAACAUCAUGUUGAACCCGAUUGGACUCUGCUAUGGUAUCUUAGGAACAAAUUGGGUCUAACCGGCUCAAAAUUGAGCUGUGGUGAGGGUGGCUGCGGAGCAUGUACAGUGCUCAUAUCCCAACGUGUUGAUUCAAAUUCAAGUCAAAUUGAACAUCGCACAAUCAAUGCUUGCUUGACUCCAGUCUGUUCUAUCGAUGGCUGUCAUGUGGUAACUGUCGAAGGAUUAGGCUCAGUAUCGAAAUCGAAUCUUCAUCCAAUUCAAUCUCGUCUUGCCGAAAUGUUCGGUUCACAAUGUGGAUUUUGCACGCCGGGUAUGGUCAUGUCUCUCUAUGGAACAAUCACAUCAAUCAACAAUCAAUCGUCACUGACAAUACAGGACAUUGAAGAAGCACUUGAUGGAAAUCUUUGUCGCUGUACAGGUUAUCGACCGAUUCUGGAUACAGCGAAAAGUUUCGCAGAAGAUAUUCAUAAACAGUCUCAUCGGGAUGCAUCACCACUGGAAACAACAUCAACUACCUUCGACAAAUGUGUAGCAUUUGCCAAGCAUAACGGAUCAGCAACGGCUCAAGUUGACUUCCCUCAGCAGCUGUACCAUCAUGUUGCACAAUCUAUUCACAUUCAAGAAUUGCAACAACUGAGACGAACACCAACCUCAUUGAUGAUUGGAAGUGGUGUAACAUUCACGCGUUUGAAAUCGAAACUGAUCGAAUGGAAUGACGCAGAUAUUGAUGGUGGUGUUUGCCAGGCCCUCAUUGAUCAAUUGAGAUACUUUGCCACACCACAAGUACGCAAUGUUGCUUCACUAGGUGGCAGCAUCGUCAAUGCAUCACCAAUGUCGGAUAUUAAUCCAGUGCUUCAAGCUGUUGAUGCGUCACUCGAACUGCAGGGAGCCAACGGUAAUCUGGUGCGUGAUGUGUCAAUUCGUGACUUCUUUAUCGGCCAUCAUCGUGUGGCGAUGAACGACGAUGAAGUGCUCGUUGCUAUCCAUAUUCCACUACGGAAACCUUUAUGUAAAUCAUUUAUUCGAGCAUACAAACAAGCUCGACGACGAUGUGCUGAUCAUGCAGUUGUCACUGCUGGUCUUCAAGUUGAAGUUGAACUAUCAGAUUCUGAAAGUGGCCAAUGGCGAAUUGUUUCAACAUGUCUUUCAUUCGGUGGAAUGGGACCGACAACAGUGAUGGCAAAAAUAACACAACAAGAACUCGUUGGGCGAUUGUGGACAAGAGCAACCAUUAAUAAAGCAUAUCUUAGCGCUGCUUCACGUGUAUCUGGAUUUGUAUCUUUUGUCAAUCAUACCGACGUACUCGGUCGAAAUGACAUCGAUCAGACUCUUCCUAAUGAAGAACUAUUUGUCUCGUCGACUGCUCCAUGCGUCGGAGCCGUAAUCGGUGUUGUUGUGUGUGAAACAGAGCGAGCAGCACAUGAAGCUGCACAUCACGUUCAAAUCGAAUAUGAACUGUUGACACCAACCAUCUUGACGAUUGAAGAUGCCAUUCAACAUGAAUCAUAUUUAGGCAGCGAAUAUCGACUUCGAUGUGGUGAUACGAAGAAAGCUCUGGAUGAAGCUGAACACACCCUCGAAGGAACAUUGCUAAUUGGCGGUCAAGAACACUUUUAUCUCGAAACACACUGUUGUCUCGCCAUACCAUCGAAUGAUGAUCAAGAAUUGACAUUGUAUGCAGCAACACAAAAUGCCGGCAAGAUUCAAGAAUUAGCCGCAUUGGUGUUAGGUCGUGAUGAGAGUCACAUCACAUGUCACGUUAAACGAGUUGGAGGUGGAUUCGGCGGCAAAGGAUCAAGAUCGUAA